UCCUCGAGAUCGCUUGUCUUUACGGCAUGAUCACAAGACGUUUAAAGUAAAUAUAUUUGUUUAGUAACAGACUUUUUGUUCCGUUGUGAAACCAUGCCAUCAAACACGUGAUUUUCCGAUUUACGCACGUGAAGGGCUAAAACAUGUUACAUUUUCUUGGCUCAAGCGUGCGUGCUUUAUUUUUGGCAAAGUCGAUAAUCCAAAUAUCAUUCAAUGGACAGAUUAACAAUGGCUCCUGUCACUGUGUUUUGAUUAGGCUCUGGUCUUAGCUUCCGGCGUUUUACCCGAUCUGAUCUUUCUCUGUAUACUGCUAACUCUACCGUGUUCAUGAUGUCGAUGCGCAAAACGAUGCCCAAAACGAUGUUCAUGGUGUCGAUGCCCAAAACGUGCCGUUAAUCACUAUAAUCUCUAUUGAAGAGUCGUGUAAGAUACCAGUAAUUUUAACAUCACUGCAUGAAUCUUAAACGUCGAACUUCCGUAUUAUGGUUAUUAUUCUUUUGACUUGUUGACUGACCGAUAGGUGAAUUUGAAAACUAUUAUUAGCUACAGUUCAGCAUAAAUACGGCGGUACUUGUAAAUUCAAGUGAGAAAAAAGUGGAACAAUUUAUCCAGCAAAGCUAUUGAAGCAGGUAAGCUCUUAUCAAUUUUAAUACAGGUCAUAUGCGGAUCUCGAAAUCGACGUCGAGCCAUGAGUUAUGGAUCGUACAAAGAAUCAAGUUUUCCUUUUCGUUGCCUUCCUCUGUGCCAUUGUUUACAACUAUGUGCAAUGUGAUUAUUGUCCUCGAUACGCGACCAUUGGAUGUUUUCAAGAUAAGGGAAACCGCGCCAUACCAUCAAUAGAAGGACAAGAUUCCAUCUUAGAUGGCAGCUACCAGACAAGACGAGACUCCAUCGUAAAGUGCUAUAAAGCAGCUAAGAAACGAGGAUUCCACAUUUUUGCAGUUCAAAAUGGUGGAUGGUGUGCAUCCAGUGCUACGGCUGGCAAGACCUUCAACAAAUAUGGCAAAUCGUCGGCCUGCAAGUCAGAUGGUAAAGGUGGACCAUGGGCCAAUCAAGUUUACUACAUCACAGGUUAUGAUGAGGUUGGAUGCUAUAAGGAUACUGGAAGUCGUGCAAUCCCAACGUUGGAAGGAAAGGAUUCUAUCUUGGAUGGAUCUUAUUCUUCUCGUACGAACCCCAUUGCCAAGUGCGCCGUGGCUGCAAUGAGAGCGGGCUACGGAAUGUUUGCAGUUCAGAAUGGUGGCUGGUGUGCCGCUAGUGCUACUGCUUCCCAGACGUACGACAGGUAUGGUAAAUCUACGGCCUGCAAAGACGAUGGUGAAGGUGGACCUUGGGCCAAUCAGGUGUAUAAACUUAAAGGUAAAUCAAAAACAUAUCUACCUUACUCUCAACUUAACCGUUUUUCAAAUUGCGCAGUUUGGACUAACGAAAGCGCGCAUUAUCCACUAACAAUCACUUCAUGGUGUUGAACGUAGUUUACCUCCCGGUUUUCUCUGAGAACUUUUGCCACCAAAUUAUGAUCCAUUUGUAUCGACGCGGCUGCAAUAGUUUGAAAUAAAGUCGGUCUUGGCCUCUCAAUUGAGUUGUCUUUUUCGUGGAAAGUUUAAA